AUGGUGGUGUUAGUGGUCUUGCUGCUGGCACUGAUCUAUCAUAUAUUUUGCCAGGCUCAUAUGGCUAAACGCAGCUUCCGUGGUCUUCACAAUCCACUUCACAGGUAUCAUCAGCCAGGAGACUUCAUUAUUGGUGGCAUUGCUACUCAUGGUGGUUUUCUCUCAAGUCCAACAUCCUUCACUGAAGAACCCCCACCAGACUUGCUUGAAGAUCUUUUCAUCGUGCCAAAGAAUUACCAGCAUCUUCUGGCUUUUGCAUUUGCAGUAAAAGAGAUCAAUGAAAACCCUAAAAUAUUACCCAAUCUCACUUUGGGCUUCCACAUCUAUGACAGCUAUGACAAUGCAAGGAGAACCUAUCGUGCAACCAUGUUACUUCUCUCAGCACUGGAGAGAUUGGUCCCCAACUACAUAUAUGACACCCGGAAUAAUCUAAUUGCAGUUAUUGGAGGAUUGGACACUGAAAUCUCUCUUCACAUAGCAAAUAUCCUGGAUAUCUAUAAGAUUCCACAGGUGGGAUGGUUGCCAUAUCUACCAGAAGAAGACCACAAGACAGGCAGAAUUAAUGGCAAGCUCCAUCAGUUUCUUAGAGGAGUCUCAUUUAACAACAGUGCUCAGGAUGCGGUUUUCUUCAAUGAGAAUGGGGAGAUAGUAGCUGCACUGGAUAUUAUCAAUUUGAAACUUUUCUCCAAUGAUUCCUUUCUCCGUGUGAAAGUUGGGAGCUUGGAUCCUCAGGCUUCUUCAGACCAUGCAUUCACCAUUGAUGAGGAUACCAUAACAUGGCACAGCUGGUUUAACAAGACACGACCACUUUCUAUAUGUACUGAGAGUUGCCAUCCUGGUUCUAGCAAGCGAGUGAAGGAGGGGGAGCCAUACUGCUGCUAUGAUUGCAUCCCAUGUCCAGAAGGGGAGAUUUCAAACCAGGAAGAUAUGGAUGAGUGCAACACAUGCUCAGACAGAGACUAUCCAAGCAAGAAUCAGAAUUACUGUAUUCCCAAGAUGGUAACCUUUUUGUCUUAUGAAGAACCUCUGGGGGUCAGUUUAGCUUUCUUUGCUCUUUUAUUUUCUUUGAUCACAGCUCUGGUACUGGGAACAUUUAUGAAGCACCACAACACUCCUAUAGUCAAAGCCAACAACCAGAACCUUACCUACACUCUCCUCAUUUCCCUACUGCUCUGCUUCCUUUCUACAUUCCUAUUCAUUGGCCAACCUCAGAAGAUGACUUGUCUCCUCCGACAAACAGCUUUUGCCUUCAUCUUCUCCCUGGCUGUAUCUUCUGUGUUGGCAAAAACCAUCAUGGUAGUUCUGGCUUUCAUGGCCACCAAGCCAGGAUCCAGGAUAAGGAAGUGGUUGGGGAAGGAGCUAGCAUUCUCCCUUGUUUUUUCCUGCUCCCUUAUCCAAUCAGGGAUCUGUAUUGUGUGGCUGGGAAUGUCUCCUCCAUUCCCAGAUGUCGACAUGCACUCAGUGGCUGAAAAAAUUCUACUGGAAUGUAAUGAGGGCUCUGUGACAAUAUUUUACUGUGCCUUGGGCUACAUGGGGUUCCUGGCCAUUAUCAGUUUCACUGUGGCCUUCCUCUCCAGGAAGUUACCUGGUAGUUUUAAUGAGGCCAAGUUCAUCACUUUCAGCAUGUUGGUCUUUUGCAGUGUUUGGUUAUCUUUUGUUCCAUCCUACCUAAGCAUCAAAGGAAAAUACAUGGUGGCUGUGGAGAUCUUCUCUAUCUUAGCCUCCAGUGCUGGAUUACUGGGUUGCAUCUUUUCCCCCAAAUGUUACAUUAUUGUGUUGAGGCCUGAGUUGAACACCAGGGAACAGCUAAUGAGAAAAAUAAAUAAAGAACUGGAUAAAGAUUUAACGAAGGUAAAACCAUCACCGGCUAAGGUUGUGAAAGAAAUUCAGAAGACUCCUUUAGAACCUGUGCAUGAAAACCUAUAA